AAUAUUUUCAUGUACCAUGAAAAAUAAUAUAUGAAUUUGGCAACAUAUGCUGUUUAACAACGAAAACAAACAUAUUGUUAAAGUGGUUUCGUGUGACUUUUUAAUUCUCUAAAAUAUGGUUUCGUAUUAUGCUGAUAAGAAAUAUUCUGACCGGGAAAGAUGGUUAUGUAUUUAUCCUGCUUACAUCAAUAGCAAGAAAACUUUUGCAGAAGGACGAAGAAUAAAGAAAGAUAAAUGUGUAGAAAACCCUACUUGCCAAGAAAUAAGAGAUGUUUUAGAUGCUGCAUCAUUUCAAAUUGGUGUAGAGAACAAGUUAUAUUCAAGAGAACAAAAUAAGGAUAGUGUCAUAUUCAGAGGCCGUGUCAGAGUUCAGUUUAAAAAUGAUGAUGGUUCUGUAGUUAAUCCCAAAUUUAAAACAAGAAAGGAACUUUUAGAGUAUAUAGCUGAAACUAUUCCGAAAUUGAAAAGCCGAACCCAGAGCAAGUCUACUGACCAGCCUCAAAAUGUUCAGAGUGCCAAGAAAGGCAACAAGAAGAAACGAAGAUAAAUAUGAAAAUAAUGAUUAUGUAAAAUAUAUGUACUUUUUCUCGGAAAAUUUCUCUUUCAAAAUGUUUUUUUAAUUAAAGUUUAUUUCAAAAAGUG